GCAGACAGAACGUAGUAUGCUACUAGUAUCUGUAAGGUUCACUCUGUCCAUGGAAUCAUAAAAGAAUAUUUUUCCCCCACAGGACAAGGUUGAGAAGAUGGAGAGAACAACCACACAGAAAAUCCAGGAGAAACAGAAAAUGAUAAAGGAGCUGAAACUGGUUGUGAAAACGUUGAAGCACUCUGCUCAGACAACAGGGGAGCACAAUGAGAAGAUCUUCACUGAGCUCAUCCUCUCUAUUAUGAAUAGACAGCAUGAGGUGACACAGCUGAUCAUAGAUCAGGAGAGGACUGAAGUGAGUCGAGCUGACGUACUCCUAGAGCAGCUGGAGCAGGAGAUCGCUGAUCUCCAGAGGAGAGACACAGAGCCGGAUCAAUAUCCACACACACAGAAACAUUUGCAUUUCAAGAAUCCCUCUGCUUCUUCUGAAUCUGAGUCAUCAUCCAGUAUGACUGUUAGUCAUAUUCAGUUUGAUGGCCUAAGGAAAUCUCUCUCUGAUCUAAAACAACAUUUUGAAGAUUUUUGUCAGGAGGAGAUCAGUAAAAUCAUCUCUGUUGUGGCAAGAAUUCAGAUUUUACCAUUAACCAGGAAUCACUUUAAACAGAAUUUUUGCAGCUUUACUCUUGAUCCCAACACAGCGAGCGAAGACCUCAUCCUCUCUGAGAACAACAGACAGAUGACUUACCCUGAGCAUUGUGGGAGAUAUAAGUUCCCCUGCAAGGUGUUUUGUAAGGAGAGUGUGUUAGGACGCUGCUAUUGGGAGGUGGAGUGGAGCGGGAGAUGUGUGCACAUAUCAGUCUCAUAUAAAGAAAUGAGAGACAGAGGAACGGGAUUAAUCGGUAUGUUUGGAAACAACAACAUGUCUUGGAGCCUGCAAUGUUUUCCCAAGCCUGUUUUCUGGCAUAAGAGCAUAAAAACGGAGAUCUCAAGCCCUCUGUCCUCUAGGGUGGGUGUGUAUGUGGAUUACAAAGCAGGAACUCUGUCUUUCUACAGUGUCUCUGAUACAGUGACCCUUUUACACCGUGUCCAGACCACAUUCACUCAACCCCUUUAUCCUGGGUUUUGGUUCAGUGCAUCAGGUUCUGGAGAUCUGCUCAAUCUAGACAACUCUGGGUCAAACACCAGUGUGUUCUCCUCAGUGAAACUGUGUGAUCCAUAAAAAAGUAUUGUGAUCCCCUUAUCUAAAAGCAGCUUUAAUCAUAUAUAAACAUUAUCAUAUAUAAACA